CUUUUUUAUAAAGCAAUGAAUUCAACCUUGAGAAUAUUUGAUAUUCCAAAAGAAUUAUUAGAUAGAUUAGAGCCAACUGAGAAACAAGUCGAACGCUUUAUAAAUGAAGAAGCGAAUGAAGUGACAACUGAGGUGACAACAGAAGCCUUGGAAAGAUUGCAGAUGCUGCAAGAAGAAGGAUUACGCUGCCGAACUUGUCAGACAACAUUUGUUUCAAGAGAAGAACAAAGAGCUCAUUACAGUACUGAUUGGCACAGAUAUAACCUGAAAGUAAAGUUUCCUAUUCGUCUUGAAGAAUUUGAGCAACUGUUGUCAGACUUAACCGAGAGUAUUUCGGGAUCAGAAGACGAAGACGAGGACGACGAGGACAAGGAACAAGACAAGGUGAAUGCUAUCCUGUCGAAACAGGAGCAAACUAAAGAUAAAGAAGAAAUUUCGGUCAAACCGACGAUUGCACCCGAAUUAAAAAAACAUACAGCCUUGUCUUGGUUUAAAGACAAGGAGAGUCCUGAUAUGCAUUACGGCGUCUAUCGUCAUCUGUUAUCCUUAUCCUCACUUGCAAGCUUUCAGCAGAAACAAAAGAAACGAUACUGGACUCUGCUGAUGGUCGGUGGAGGUCAUUUUGCAGGCUGUGUCAUUGACGUGAACGCAAGCUUAUUAUCGGAUGUCAAGUUUAUUGAACACAAGACGAUUCAUCGAUACACAACCCGUCGAAAGCAAGGUGGAGCACAAUCAGCCAAUGAUAAUGAAAAGGGAAAAGCAAAUUCAGCAGGUGCACAAAUUCGUCGAUACAAUGAACAAAUGCUUCAACAAGAGGUGCGACAGAUCAUUGCUCAGUGGCGAGAAAGGAUCCAAGAGAGUGAAUUUGUAUUUGUUCAUGCGCCUAGUGGCAAUCGAAAGAUUAUAUUUGGCUAUGAUGAUGCUAUCCUAGCUAGAGAUAAUACCAAAUCGAUACCAUUCACUACUAGAAGGCCGACAUUGAAUGAAUUAAAGAGAGUAUUUAUUGAAUUGAUAACAGUAAAGCUCAUCCAAGUAGACGAAAGAGCGAUCAAAGAGCAAGAAGAGAAAAAGAGGAUACAGGUAGAGAAUGCCAAGGCGUCAAAAGCAAUAAAUAAUAAGAAAGAACCAGAAAUAGAAAAGAACAAAGCAGAUCCUGCCGUAGAAAGAUUAUUGGAUAUUGUCAAACAAAACAAAACAGCCAUCACGUUGAAUUAUAUCGAAAAGCAUCCGGAUUUACCAAUCUCUGGAAGAUUACCAAAGGAAUUGAUCAAGGAAGAUCUGCGUCACUAUCCAACACUAUUACACUUGGCUGCUUCCUUAGGAGGCGCAGGUGAUCUUGUAUCGGAACUGAUAAGGAAGUACGAUGCAGAUCCAACUAUUCUCAAUGAUGUAGGCAAAACGGCCUAUGAAGUCAGUAAAGAUAAAGAAACGCGAAAUGCAUUUAGACGAUGCAUGUGUGACCUUCCUGACAAAUGGAAAUGGUUAGAAGAAGCGCGUGUGCCAAGCCCCCUUACGAAGGAGCAAGAGCAAGAGCAGAUAGCAAAAGAAAAAAAGAAGCAAGAGAAAGAACAGGAAAAGAGGCGAUUACUGGAAAUAGAGCGCGCAAAGAUGGAAGCUGCCAGAGAACAGCAACAACAACAGGAUUUAUCAAACAAGAAGAACCUUGCUUCCUCCAGUAGUAGAUCAUUGGGAGGAAAUAUGAUGAAUAGCGACGUAGUCAAUAUGUCUCCAGAGGCACGUAUGCGACUUGAAAGAGAAAAAAGAGCAAGAGCGGCCGAAGAAAGAAUGAAGAGAUUGAAAUAGCCAAAUAAAAUAUGUGUCGAAAUUUAAAAAUCCUUGAAAAAGUAUUUUU